UUCUUUACUCCCGCAUAUCAGUCAUCAAUAAAAAUCCUCGAUACAAUAUCACAGUCUAAACUCUUGUCUAUUGAGUCUGUCAGUGUCGAACGAUCUCUACGCUCGUUGAGGCAAUGGGCUUGUUCUUAAGACUUCCGUUGCUUGCCGAUUAGACACCGGAGCUGAGCUAGCCCAUGACUGUCUUUUGGAGAAGUGCUGAUACAAAACUUGACAAGUUCUUUUUUUAUGAGUUGAUAGACUCGGCAGAGGAAGGUGUCAUUAGACCUUGGUGGACCGUUCCGAUAUAGUCUCUGGUUUGAGUGGAAAAUGCGCAAGGUGUAUGGAGGUUGAGUUGAAAAGUCCCUCAAACUUGACAGGAUCUAAAGAAGUUGAUAGACAGAGGAUGUCAUUAGAGGUCUGUUUAGUGUUCUGACAUUUGGUUUCGAGUUGAACAUUUGCAGAGUGUAUGAAGGCUGUUUUGAAUAAUCUUUAAAAACUUUGCAAGAUCUUUGAAGGAGUCUAUAGACAGGGCAAAGGAACUUCGGAUAGACCGACAGGUGCAGACAAUUCUCAACGUCUUGUCUUGAGUACUUUGUGUGCAAGGUGUAUGCAGGCUGCUCGGCGUAGUCUCUGCAUUCUGUGCACCAUCUCCACCUCUGCUACAAACCAUCAGACGCACUACAGUUGGCAGACUGUGACUCAGAUUAUUAUUUUCUGGUUGUUUCCUCGCGAUUGUCACAACCAUUAGAUCUUAAUAUUUUGGUCAAAGAGACUUCUAGUAUACGUGUUCUCAGGAGGUUCUUCCCUUAAAAAUUGUGGCACCAGCUUCCUUUUGAAUAAUAAUUGUCAGGAUUCAAUAAAAACAUAUUUGCGGAAUUUGUGCAUUAUUCAUUACAUCCUUGAACAAUUCAUUGAUGUUGGUACCGAUAACAAACUGAAUGCCCUAAAAUGGAUUGAUUUGUUCUUACCAUGGACCUACUACAGAAGACAAACUACUGACUAUAAUUACUAGAAGAAAUUAGAGAAGGAAAUAUCAAAUGUUCUUUUAUCUUUAGAAUUCAAUGCAAGCCCGUGCAAGUGCAGUUGUGAUCGGUUUCUCAUUUCACUUGUUACAAGCGGUCCAUGGUGUCAUGUAUCCCCAUAAUCAACAUCGUUUAGAUCAUCAGUGUUAUAUAUCCUUGUAAUCAACAUUGUUUAAAGGUAACCCUGGAACUCAAUGGAUUAAGGAAGGAGCUUGCCCAUUCUACCAGAUUCUAGAGCCGUAAUCCCAAUUGUUUGCAUCUAGUCACCCUCAGAAUUCAAAUAAGGUCAUUCUUUAAAAGCAGUAAGGACCUAGCUGUAAUGCAAGAAAGACUGUCUACCUCCAAUCUGCUCUUCUUCUUGUGAAUAUAAUAAUCUGUAUUGUUUGUGACCUUUGUGCACUGGCCUCAAAGACAUACCUGGUGAGCCUGAACCACUUGCUUUCAUUGAACAGUUAUCAAGGAAAGAAGAGCCGAGUAUUUCACGCCCAUCCAGGCAUAGCAGCCCACAUUGUUUUGCAGAUUGUCUUCGACAAUAAGAGGAUCGCCCCAAGUCAACAAGGAGAUUCCUUUGAUUCGGAAAGGGCAAUAUUAGAGAUUGUCAAUGCAUGACAUCACCAUUAUAUCCUUGAACAGGGAAUUCUCGUUCUUUUUGCACCAAGCAGUGAAUGUUCACUCAUCAAAUACAUUUGAUGGAGGACAUUGUCACGUGCUUUGCGAAUUGAUACGUGAGGGUUUUUCUUCUAUUUGGAACAUAUUGUAGACUUUACCCAGAGUUGGUGCAUGACAUCACCCUCAUCAAGAAAUUCUUGUAGGGCCUAGCAGUGCAUUUUCUUACGGACUUUGCGCUCACCGUAUACCCUUUGGUUGAGGACAUUAGCACUUGCUGUCUGAAUCGAUACAUGUAGGGGAUUCCACCUCCCAACUGAAAACUUAUCAGUCACAAGACUUUACCCCAAGAUUUUCAUUUGCAGAUCAUUUACUGCAUGACAGACUGUCUUGUUAAACAAACACAAGAUAACAGGAAAACACUUAAUUUGCAACCUUUGAAGUGUACUCUGGACAACGGUCGGUCCUUAUUAGGGUUGUCACUCGCGGAAAGGGGGCGAAGCUUGUAGCCUCGGCAGUGCCACCACCGGCGGCGGCAGCGUAGCUCCACAACGGUACGAGUCAUUGGAUUGUGUGUUGGUUGUAUCACCGACACCUGCUAUAGGAUUCCAUAGACUUUGAUUUAUUUGUGUUGGAUUUAUAUACAAGGUUUGCUUCAACAUGACAACUAUGCAGCCAAUUAUUAGAGAAAAUGAGGGCUACCGUUCCGGUCUCACGCGGAGCAAAUCCAACCGCCUCGAUUCUUCCAAAUUUUCAAAGUUUGAAUCCUCUCCGAACUCCUCCACGAGCAGCGAGUCCUCGUCAGGGAGCAAACGGCACACGUUCACCGGCACGGGCCGCCUCAACAUGUCCCGAUUCUCGCAGUUUGAAAAGGGGUCGGAUAGUUCCGACGGCGGAUCGCAGCCGAUCAAGAGAAAUGCCGGAACUCGAUCCAGGAGUCUCAAGUUUGGCUCCGGAGGAAGUACCGUUACCUCUGAAAUGUGCAUUGUGUGCAAUCGACGUGUGUACCCCAUGGAAAAGAUCACAGCCGACAAUGUUAUCUACCAUAAGACCUGUUUCAGAUGUGCAGAGUGUAAGGCGUGCCUCAGUCUUGGGAAAUAUGCCGCCCUCAACGGCAACGUGUUCUGCAAGCCCCACUUCAAGCAGAUGUUCAAGCUAAAAGGGAACUACAACUUCUCAAACCAGGCAACAUCUCCCCGUCAAGCAACCAACGGCGUAUCUACAGAUGAGUAAAGGGGAUAGCACGUAACCUUGUCUGCCAUUCUCAUCAUAGAGUCUGUACUUUCUUCUUCUUACUGCUACCUUUAUAACGGGUUGUGGGCAGGGUCUCCAGAGAAAUUGUGUAAAAGAGUAGAGGGGAUAGUGUGCAUCCUUGCCUGCCCAUCAUGCCAUAGACUCUGUACUACUAACUGCUACCUUUGUAGCAAGGGGUUAGGGUGGGGUCUUCCAAGGGGAUUUUACGAUGGCUGAUGGCGCAUCCCAUAUAUUGUUUUAAUGUCUGACGUGAGCCCUAUACUACUCCAACGAGUUCUGACUAUGAUGGGUGAUAUCUCAUUGCUAUUUCAACAUCGAAUCUUAGCAACAAGGGCAAUAUUUUCUUAUAUCUCCCACCUGAGAGGUUGGGAAAUAAGAGCUGAGACUAUUAGAGCUAGUUUGAUUACAAUAAGCCUUUGGAUCUUGUCAAAACAUCGAUUUGGAAGCCUCAUCAAUCUGUAAACAAAAAUGAAAUUUCUACAUUGAUCAUCUUUUGUGCUGGGACCAUACUUUCGCAACCAUCACCAAGGGAACGUCGCCUUGGUCAAGAGAUUAUUUUGCAAGAAGGAAAGAUAUAUUUUUUUGCUUGACUUCACAUCGAAGAUUAUUUUGCUGGUGAUAUUAUAUAGUAGACAUGAUGAUUAUUUUGCAAGCUGUUUAUAUAUGACAUUGCUUUUAGGUGAUUAUGAAUGUUGAAAGAAUGUCGCUGACAGAAAGAAUGAGAAAAACAUGAUUUUGCUACUGGAAAUGAAUUUGAAGAAGCUAUUGAAUGGGAGCAUGAAAGAGAGAGGGAGUGAGAGAGAGUGAGUGAGUGAGUGAGGAUUGGUGUUGGGUGAAGAUGUUUUUCAAUGCAAUAAGCGUGAAAUACAACAAAGGAGAUGCAAAAUUGUAAUUGUAAUUUCUUAACUCCUAAGAAUCUUUUAAUUCUUUUAAUCUUAAAAUAAGUGUUUUUAGAAUCUGUGUCAAAUACUAUUAUCAUAGCCUAUUGUGCGUACUCCUCUGCCUUCAUCUCAUCAUCUGUUCUAUGUUCUACAUUGUUAGUCUUCCGGCCGAGGCUCUGAAAAUACAAAACUUAGCGAUUGAUCGCAAGGCGACUUUUGUUAAUUCUUUAUAUCGAUCAUUACAUGGAAUCAAUCAAUCGUAUAAAUCAAUUUUAUUAUCAAUUUCUCACGUGUUUGUUUCAGUCCUCUUUGGCUCUGUAACAACUAACACGUAGCUAUUGAUCUUUGGGUGAUUGACUUGCCCAAUGAGUAUGAUCAAUCGUAAAAAUCAGCCCCACAUCAAUCGCCAAGCUUUGUGAAAAGGGGCCCUGUCGCCAAGCUUUGUGAAAAGGGGCCCUGGUCUCUCUUCUUAUAACAAAUGGUGUCGGGACACUCUUGGCUUCGCACUCGCUUCAAUAUACAGAGAAUACCAUACACCUACAUGUAUGCUACGGAAAGGGUUACAUUUUCACCGGACUUGUGCAAGUUACUGUAGAUAUGAUAUUUUAUAUAAAUAUAUUUUAGUGGGUUUGGGUUUAACUAAGUUUUGUGUACCGGUAAGCAAAAAUCAAACAUCGGGGGCCUGUUACACAAAUCUUAGCAAUCAUCGUAGAUUAAUCAUGAAAAUGCACCGUACGAAUAAUCGCUAGCCUUUGUUUUACUGAACCCUCUUUUUAAAGCAGAAUGCAGUAUUACAUUUUUGUAUAUUACUUUUUUUUGCUGCUAUGACAAAAGGGAAUGUGGUAUAUGUUCUUGAGACUGAGUUGUAAGCUUUUUAUUUCAUGUAGAAUGCAAUCUCCGUGCACAACGUCAGCAUAUUUUGUAUUAUUUAUUUUGGGAGAAAUCCCACAGCUUUUAUAACACAGGGUCCAAAAUGAAAAGACAUUUAUGCUUGUAUUUAGUACCUGUACUUUCCAUCCACUUAUAAAUAUUUGUAGUUUUUAAAAAAUGAGCAAUUAAGGAAAAUGAUUGAAAUUUGCUUCAUCGUAGGAUAUCCUUAUGUAAGUUUUAUUAGAGAAUGGACAUUUCCAUCGGGAGAAGGAGAAGGAAGUGUUAAUAAUAAAUUGAAGAAUAUAUUUGUAUAAUUAAGUUUAUAAAAAAAAUAUUAGUUAACCUAGUAAAUGUUUCUAAUUGGUUUUAGGGGUGUUUAUAUUAGAUUAAACUUGAUUUGUACAUAGCAAUGAUAGGAAUAUGCUGUCAGGUAAUUUAUCCUGGAUUUAUAAGUAGCAACAGUAUUAUCUGCUACAUCAGCUCGACAAUCAACAGGUGAUUUCCACUCUGAAUUAUCAGCAUUAUCCAUUAUCUUGCCCAUAUAAUGUCUAAUGUCUAUGCAUUUCAUACACGCGAUGGCUCAUUGGUAGCAUAACACUGUUUACACUUUAGUGUUAAGAUUGACGCCAGACAGUUUGUGAGAGGAAAGCACCCAGCACAUGUUAAAAAUACACCGUUGGGUUUGAAUGUGACCCGAAUAGUGUUAAUGGAACAAAUGGAAUCUGUUAUAAUGAAUCUUAUGGGUGUUUAACUAGCACCAUGAUUUUAUAAUUGGUGUAAAGUGUUUGGUGCUUUCCUCUCACAACACUGGUGAAGUGUUAACAUCACUGUUUUUUAUAACGUGAUUUCACCAUAACAUUCAAAUUGCCUCUAUUUCUACGGAAAGUUUCUUUUAAAAUCCUCAAGAUUGAAGGGUCAAUGUGUUUUAUAUUGCCUGGUUAUAUUAACUGUUUUCCGCAGAGAGGGCAAUAGCAAUGUGCUAUUAACUGCAGGUACUUUGUUCUGUGUGAAUAAGUCAUCAAAGCAAUCCUUGAUAUUAAAAACCUGCCCUGUACAAUACAAAUGCCCUUUAAGAGGACAUUCCGCCACGAUUGCCACUCUCCACCCAGGUGUUAAAUGGAGUUCUGGUUGGAGGAAAAUCAUUGGAAGACUGAGGAAAUAAUUUGACAAUAGCUCCACAUGGCAAUGGUGUAAUAUUCUGAAUGAUUGUUCUUGAAACAUACUUUGAGUUUCUUCCAGCCAGGCUGUUUGACAAACAAUAUUGAAAACGAUCAAAAGCUAAUUUUGCUCACUCUCGAAUUAUAUCAACUGUGCAUCUCAUGCAUACUGUGGAAAAUUUCAUGAAAAGUUUUGUAAGUGAUUUUCAUGGACAUUUGUUGUAAGCUACUGCAAAUCCUUGCAUGUGAUUGGCUGAGAGCGAGUUAGUCAUGGAAAAUCACUGGCUAUACCUAUUCAUGAAAUUCUCCCCUUGUCUCUGGCGUUAUACUUCUUAACCAAAUAAUAACUGGUAUAUGUGAUCUAUUUCAUUUACAAAGAAAUUUUCGCUGUCAUUUUCUUACAUGUUUAACUUAAUGUCAGUUCCCAUAGAGGUGCAGUAAUUUACAGUAUAUCGUUAUCAGGAAUGUGGGAAAUUACUCAUGGAAUACGAUGGAAAGAAAUAAUUGUACCAAAAACCAUUUCCAGUGCAGUAGGUGAUGCAGUUCCUGAACAAAAUCUGUCUAAAUUAUUAAAGAUAAUCAUAUUGCACACUCUAAAUUGGCAACUCAUUAAAACAAUGAAAUCAUUGUUAAAAAAUGCAAAUUGGCAACCAUUUAUUGAAAUUUUGCCACCCCAUAUCUUGACCGGUAUUAUAUUCAUAUUGAUAUGUUUUAAUAAAGUACACUAAUGAAUGAGUGUUGCCAAUUUGAGGAUGCAGAUUAAUAGUUAAAGCUGCAUAUCUCUAUGGGUUCGUAUUAUUGUGCUUCUGUUCUGUAACCUAAGUUAAAUGCACAAAGACACUUUGGUACAUUUAGAGCAAUAAUGUCUUAAUUUUCUUCCACGAUGUAAUCAACACAUUUAUCUGUUACUUAAGUUUCAUUCUAAAUAUCUCGCCAAUGCUCUGUCUUUUAUACUAUUGGCUUCAUGCAAUAUACUUCACCAAGUAAGCAUUUUUGUGACUUUAAGCUAUUUCUGAAUAUUAAAAUGUGGCCUUUGGAACCAAUCAUUGCUAUAUGAACAAGUUUGAAUAUUGAGCUUUGCAAAAAAAUGUAAUACAUCAAUAAUUAAGAAUUUCACAUUAAUUAAGAUGGUGGUAUAUGACCACCAAUUAUAGCAUAAUAAAACGGAUUUUUAUACACAGUUUCAAACUUGAUGAAGAGCUUAGCACGCAAGACACUUCCGUAAUGUUUUGUAAUGUUUCUCAUUCUCACACGUAAUGUCCAUUGUAUACUUCUAUGUAAUCUAAGGGGUUUUAUUGUUUAAUAAAAUGAUUAUUGGAGUUUUUCAUUAA